AUGAAGAGCGACUGGAGCAAGCCAGAGCUUCUGUACCGCGUCAACUGCAGCUGCUGUUCGCAGGCGCCCACCGUCGAGGGCCAGGACAUCGUCGCCCGCUCCCGCGCCAACGUCAACCUCUUUGCGCAGCACGACGAGAGAAAGCUCGAGGAACUGCAGAAGAGCUUCGAGCAACACAUGGACUGGUCAUGCAGAGAGCCGUCUCCGUUCAUGUCGGCAUACGGCGACGAAGAGAGAGCAAAGGGACGGGCCGAGCAGCUCGCCAACAAGAGGCACAAGGACGUGACCGUGACGACGAUUGACGCGAGUCUUCUCGGCAAGGGAGCUGUCCGGCAUGUGCUUUCCGUGAGGGCCCAGUUCAACAUUCAGCUCGAGGAGGAGGUGUAUUAUGGUGCUUGGUACGAGUUUCUCAUUUUGCACCGCGUUCCCAAGGAGGCUAUUCUGGAUGUCGAGCUGGUCGACUCGUGA